AUGGGCCGGUGCGUCACCGUCGCCACCUGCUCCCUCAGGCAAUGGGCGUUGGAUUUCGAGGGCAACACGGCUCGUAUCAUCGAGUCCAUCCGGCAAGCAAAGGCCGCCGGGGCCCGACUCCGCGUCGGACCGGAGCUCGAAAUCACCGGCUACGGUUGCAACGACCGUGAGUGGCUCCUUGACAUCCUCGAGGCAUCGCCGGCGGCGUACUGA